GCAGGAGGGUAAGAGACCAGGCAGACAGAAUAAAGAGAGCAAACUUUUCCCUCAGGAAAACUGUAAGUUGUGCAGAAGAACAAAUCAGCGCGUUUUCCAGUUUAAUAAGACUGAGAUCACAAACAGGAAGCAGCCAGCAGUAGAGCUACCGGCCAUCGAUUAACGGAGAAACGGACAGACAAGAGACGGAUCGGGGCAGAGAGACAUAGUGAAAGUUCUUCGAAUGUUUUCGGAUAUGACUUUCACAUGCAGCUCGUCGAUCCGUGUCUGGGCCACAAACCCAGGAUGCCUCCUUUUCCUGUUUGUCCUGUCAGGUUCAGCCUCAGCAGAUAUCGUCCCACAGACAAUAACAGCCUAUGUGACUGAAAUCGUCGUCCUGCCGUGCCACAUCACUGUGGAUGGUGAACUCCCCACGGUGGAGUGGUCCAAGGAGGGCUUAAGGGAAAACAGCAUCACCUUACUGUACCGGGACGGCUGCGAGACGUUUGGGAUGAAGAAUCCAGCCUUCCACUACAGGACAAACCUUCUUUUGAACAAACUGAAGGACGGCAACAUCUCUCAGAUCAUUUACAACCUGAGGGUGUCUGAUGGAGGCAAGUACAACUGCAGGACCCUCAGGGGGAAGGAGUGGCAGGUUCACGCGAUUAUCGUCCUUAAUGUGGGUGCCACGUCAAAGCCAGAGCUCACAGUUGUUCCCUCCACUGAGGGUGGAGAACUGACCCUGGAGUGUAAGGCGGAGUGCUGGUUCCCAGAACCUGACAUCACGUUUUACGAUGACGAAAGGAACGAGAUUCCAGCAGAAAAACCAACAAGAGGGCCAAACUCUAGAGAAUGUUUUACAGUUACCAGGAGAGCAGUUGUGCAGACUAAAAUCAACAGAGUGACCUGCAAAGUCCACGAGAGAAAGUUCAAUCAGACCAAGAACACAGAGAUUUACAUCCCAGAUGGCUGGAUGAGGUCCUGCUCAAACACGGCAAUAAUCACAGGAAUCGUCACUUCUUUCGUGACAGGGUUAAUAAUAUGUGGAAUUGUUUUCCUGGGAGACAAAAAAUCCUGCGGGAGAGGACAACACUCCAGAAAUGGAGGUAUGAAAGAAGCUGUUCAAGAGAAGGAAGAGGCAGAGAGGAAUGGAUACAGAUACAGAGGUACCUCACAGGAAGAGCAGUCCACAGAUGACUCCAUGAUCUCGCCAGAUGGCACAGGACCAAUAGCCCAAACGCCCAGUUACAACGUGGCCACAGGACAGGACACGUCCACCAUGAAAACGUCUCAAAUGACUGUUGUAAGACGAAACAAAACCCUUAGCUUAUUGAGCAAUGACAGACCUAGAUCCAUGUCUUCUUCGCCUUCUUCUCUGUUCCCUCCCAGUACCAUAAUCUCCCGGGCAAAUACCAAUGAGAGCUCAGAGACGCUGUUAAAUGAACAAGGAAACCACAACAACUAAAACUAGGCCUGUCACAAUGAGCAACAGGUCAAGUCCUGUUGCUCAUUCAAUUUAGCUCGAAAUUAUCGGACUAACUUAAAAUGAGCUUGAUCACUUCUAUUCUUAUGAAAUUAGAAUAGGAAUUUUAUCUCCAGAUAAAAUUUGCAGAGAAUUUUUUUUUUCUGGAGACAUCAUUAUGUGUUUCAU